UUACUCCUUUGAUCUCAUUUUACAGGCUUCUGGAGUAACAGUGCAUGAUGAAGUCAUAAAGGUUUUUAAUGACAUGAAAGUAAGGAAAUCCUCAACCCCAGAAGAGAUUAAAAAAAGAAAGAAAGCAGUUCUCUUCUGCUUAAGCGAUGACAAAAAACAAAUAAUUGUAGAGGAGGCGAAGCAGAUUUUGGUUGGUGACAUUGGAGAUACGGUGGAGGACCCCUAUACAGCCUUCGUGAAGUUAUUACCUCUGAAUGAUUGCCGAUACGCUUUGUACGAUGCCACAUAUGAGACAAAGGAGUCUAAGAAAGAAGACCUGGUAUUUAUAUUCUGGGCUCCUGAAAGUGCACCUUUAAAAAGCAAGAUGAUCUACGCAAGCUCUAAAGAUGCCAUUAAAAAGAAAUUUACAGGUAUUAAACACGAGUGGCAAGUAAAUGGGUUGGAUGAUAUUAAGGACCGUUCAACACUUGGAGAAAAAUUGGGAGGCAACGUGGUAGUUUCACUUGAAGGAAAACCCUUAUAAAAAGACAGACAAGUGCCAUCUGGAUCUAAGGAGCUUCCAUUUCUGCAGCUCGUUCAAUUGGAAUAGUAUUAGCCUCCCUUUCCCCUUCCCUCCUUGAACAAAUAAGUCCUUUCCCCGCACCCCUGAAGGAGAUGUCAUUGUUAAGCAGCCUACCAGUGAUUGCCAUUAGACUGUUUAAUCCUGGUAGUUUUAUGUAGGAUCCAAGGAAUGCUUUCACGUCAUACUCUUAGCCAAAACUGACGUUGCAUGCAUUCCUUGCAACAUGUACAAUGAAUGUGAUAGUUAAUGUGAAUAGUCUAGCAGACAGCAGAGGGUAAGCUAAGCGAAUGCCUUGGAAGUGUUGGCCACUGGUCGGAUGGUAGACUCUCUACAGUAUUACUUACAGUUGCACUUGAUUGCAGUUCCAUGAGGCUCUUGUGCAUUCAUACACCUCACCUGCCUUGACAAGCCUAUUUUUGUGACAUGGCAGCACACAACACUAUGCAUUUAAAGCACUUUUUUUGUAAUAUGUUUGACUCCCCUCCCCGCCCCCCAGAGGAAUGCCAAUUAAGUUGCUGUAACUGUGUCAUCAAAUUAUCGUAGUACCUCAUUCCUGUUACAUGCAUAUCUUUAUAAAUGAAGUAGCUGUUACGAUGCCUUUUGUUUUCCAUUGAAUGUACACUACUGAACAGGAGUAAAGGUUAUCUGUUUACCAUGUGAGUCUUGAAACACUAAAGUUCUGUAAAACAUCAGUCAUUAUGGCAAUUUCUGUAUUAAAAAGAGCCUUAAAUGGAACGUUGUUUUUUGAGAUCAAAAACUGGCCACGUUGCAAUAAAACUUGUGGCUUAUUACAGAACGUUGCCUUGUUUUCAUUGGAAAAUAAUAGUUUUUAAGUAUGUUUAAUUUAAGCAUAUUUCAAAUAAGUUAACUUCUGUGGAAAGUAUUGUAAAGAUAAACAGUCAUUAAUCUCAUCUUAAAUAAUGCAAGUUUUUCAUUCCUCGUCAUGGUUUAGGUACUGCUUUACAAUACUCUGUGUGGCUCUAUUCUGAUCACUGGAUGAAGGACCUAUUCCUAGUUUACCAUUUGACUAAAGAAGCUACCACUCCUAGAGACCAUUAGUUCCAUGAACCAUGAAACACUUGUGUCAGAAGCUUAAAAAUACCGAGUAAUGAACCGUGCAGUGUGUUUCGUACCUGAAUGUUCUUAAAGUUCUACAUGCCAGAGUCAAACCCUUAAUGCAAUCUUACA